AUGUCGGCGGGGCAGCGGCCCCCGGAGCCGCAGUCACCUCUGCAGUUGCACGCCGAGCGGCCGCUCCCCGCUGCAGCGACGCCCGAGCCCAGCUCCUCGCCCGACGCCUCCGCCUCCGCCGCGGCGCCCGGCGACAUGACCCUCGGUGACGAAGCGCUGGCCGCGAGCCUGUUCCGGCGCGCGCCCCCCGACUACCCGAACUUCCAGGCGCAGCCUGCGGCCAUGGCCGGGGCCGCCUUUUCCUGGUCGGCGAGCGAGGUCCUCGCAAAGCACAAGCUGAACUUCGCGGGCCUCAAAAUGUGUUACGGAGAUGGUCCUCUGCCGCACCCAGGACCUCCAGAUUAUUCGCAAAGCAUGCAGAUUGGAUACGGGAUGCCCUCUGACCCGCACUCUCCUCAAUCACAGGCGCAUCAUAUGCAGCAGCAACAGUCCCAACAACAACAGCAGCAGCAACAGCAACAGCAACAACGUCAACAG